AUGACCAUUGAGUCUUCGCGCCUCGAAGCAACAGGAGAAGCCGUGUCUCUACCACUCCACCCUCCACCACCAGAACCAAGCAGCGCGAUAACCGCUUUCUCUGAGACCAAUGCUCUGCCCCCAGCAGUACAACAUGUACAUCCCCGUGAUGAUGGCCAUGCGUCCACACUACGCUACAGAUCCAUUGAAGCUAGGUGGAAUCACCACACCUCGCCUACCAUUCGCGAAGACAAAGACCAAGACUACCAAGAAGAAGAGGCAGAAGCAGAGGACAGUCCUAUAUUCCACGGACCCUCCUCUGCCAUGCACGAACUCUCCAAUCACGGCGAUGGUACCCUUCCCGAGCAUUCAAACUUCAUCGGCUUCGGCCCAUACCACCGGCACUCCAUCUCGUCUCAAGAUUGCUUCUCUGGUUCGCACCUUACCGGUGCCGGCAGCGAACCUGGUUCUUCAUCUGGAGACUGUGAUAAUGAUCCACUCUCCCCUGAACUUCAAUCCAUCGUUUCUCAACUUGUCGCCCACGCCGCGCUGCAGAGACAUCGUGAGGUGGCCCAUCUGUACGAACGGCGCUUCGACUUCGACGGCCUCAAUCCCGAGAUGGCAAUCCACUUCUUCGACCUGCACUGGAACCGCCCUCAUCUCUCCUACCUUAUCACUUACCGCCCAGCGGUGAUGGACAGCCUCGCCAACAAUGGCCCCUACAUCAAUAAGCUUCUCCUUAACGCCAUAUAUUUCGCCUCUGCCACUUACAGCGAACGCAGUAUUGCAUUGCGGAGGGACAAAGACGAUCCGCAGACUGUAGCUGCACAAUUUCUUGAUAGAUUCAGAGAGUGUUUACAAGACGAGGGAAUCGAGACGCCAAGUGUACCCUCCAUUUGUGGAUUGAUCCUCAUGGGCACCGCUCUGGUGUCAAUUGGGAAGACUUCACAAGGAUGGGUAUACUGCGGGAUCGCAUACCGCAUGGUGAUUGAUCUCGGCUGCCACCUGGAGAAGUCAUCACGCAGCAGCAUCGGCAACAACAGCCAAUUAACAGCGCUAGAUAUCGAAAUCCGCAAGCGGGUGUUCUGGACCGCGUACGUGAACGAUAAAGUCCAGAGUCUUUAUUUGGGACGACCGUGCUGUUUACAGGUCUCCGAGAGCGAAGUCAGCAAGAGGCUUCUCGACACCUACGAGGAAACCGAGCCCUGGAAACCAUACAUCGACCCGCUCUAUGCCUCCAGCGCGACGUCAAAGCUCCUCGCAGAGUACGUCCCGCGACCAACGUAUGCGAUCAGCACGUUCAAGGCAGUUGUCGACCUCGCGGAGAUAGCGGAGAUGCUCAUAAGUUCGAUAUAUGCCGUCUCGUCACUUAAAAUGUCAGAAGAGGAGAGGGUGAGAGCGUUUAAGCGUAUCGGGGAGGCUUUGGAGAGAUGGGAAAGGAAGCUGCCGCCACAUCUUGCGGUGGAAGAAGAUCAUCCCGCUCCACCGCACCAACUCACUAUGCACACUACCUAUUAUGCGCUGAGGAUUCUCCUGCUGAGGCCGUUCUUCCCCGGAGGCCAUUUGUACCCUACUGAAAUCACUGUCGUCCCUUCUUCCGGCGCUACAUCCAUCUUUUCUGUGGCUAAUUCAACAAAAGCGCCGCAGACGCCCCAAUCUCCUGUGGACUUCUUCACUACCGCGCGGCUCGACUGCUACUCAGCAGCCCUCUCAAUUCGCUCGCUCGUCACUUCCUACCGUCGCGCCUUCACCCUGGGUCGAGCUCCCAUCCGCCUGUCUUAUUGCAUACUUAACGCAGUCAUGGUGUUCAUGCAGGAUGCCCAAAAGAAUGGGGACCCAAGUAGGAAUAUGAAGGAGAUUAGGGAUUGCUAUGAAGCGUUAAAAGAAACGACUCCAGCAAAUUUGGGCCUGAGGAAGCCCUUGAGGAUUAUGAAGGGCUUGGUACGCUAUUUGGGGCUUGAAAAAGACAGGACCCCAGAGCGGGUCCAACAAAUGAGCAUUGGAUUAGGCGGUGGGGAUCUGCAUGGGGAUAACGUGAAUGGGCAAUCAAACGCAGGAGGGAGCAACAAGCCGCGCUCGACAAGCAUCCUCUUCACCUCCCAUCCGGCACUCGGCGACAAUCCUACCUACCCUAUUCCGUCUCACUCAUACACCGGCCCAUUUGCAUAUCCAAAUCCCUGCAAAAUAAGUGAGGAAAUCAGACAACCGCCGGACAAUCCUCCACCAUUGUCACAGCCAAUGGACUCCCUCAGAACGGUCCAGGGGCCUAAUGGCGCAGGGUUCAAUGGGGCAGAGCACAAUGGAGACUGGAACAUGGAUUGGAGUUGGGAUACCGGGCUUGAUGGGUUUGGGUUGUAUGAUGAUGAUGAUUUGUUUGGGAUGUUUCAACUGGUUGCGAGUCAAGGUACCGGGUAG